CGUCGACAUCCAUGUUCAUGGAAUCCCUCAAUCUUAAUACUCUCGCCACGUCUCUACCUACACCAUACCAGAAUGCGGAGACAGAGCUCGUCAACAAUUUCAAAGCUGCUGCAUUGAGCAUCACGACUCUUUACCGCUCAUCAAGAGACGCAUCAAAGCGAGCUUACAAUGGAGGAUACGCCGCCGCAUGCAAUGAUCUGCUUAUGAUGAUACAGCAAGGUGUAUCUGUUGGCGGCGACUCCUCUGGUCCGACCGGGUCGGCAGCGCAUGAAUCGGAUGGAAUGACGAUUGGGAAGGUUAUGGAUUGGAUAGAAGCUAGGAUGGAGGCUAUCAAGUCAAGAGAAGAAGAGGAGGAGGAGGAGGAAGAGAAGGAGAAGGAUAGGGAACGUGGUCGAUCGGCUGGCACGACGUCGGCGUCGACGACAACAGCAGUGGCCAAGCAGGCUGACACGAAGGUUACGAAGCCUAGUAAGACCAGGGAACAGGCAGCGAAUGUUACCGUACCACGACAGCGUGGAAACAACAACAACGCCUCGCAGGUGGGGUCGUCUCCGUCACCUCCACCACCUGCGACGUCGAAGCAAGCUCAGCGUACCUCAAAGUCUCGCAGUGCCAAGGGAGAUACGCAAAUUUCGACUGCUGCGUCGGAUCACUUAUCGCCGCCGCCGCAACAACAGCAACAACCACAACCUUUCACGUUAGAAACCAUGAAUUCGCCACCGAUGACAAUGUCCAUUGCGCCUCUUUCCGAUGUCACAGCAGGCACGAAACGUAGACAUGCUGUCAUGAUGAUGCUCGAUUCGCCGUCUUCGGUUAGCAGUAGUGGCUCAUCAGCGCCUUCGCCUAUCGCGACGCCGGGUGCGGUCAUGACUAGACGGAGGACAAGAAGUUCGAGGGGUGGUGGUGGUGGAUCCUAUGUUCAGAAUCAGAAUGUCAAUCUAGGGUUUCCAUCUGAGGCGAUGGAUGUUGAGGAGGAUGGGCGUGAGAGGAAGCGGGUUGCGAGGCGGUGACACUAGAUGGGCUCAAUGCUAUCUAGCUCGACCGGUACAUACAUGUUAUUUUAUUUUAUGCUCAUGACAGUACCAUUCAACAAGCAUACUUUCAUUCCAUUUCUGUUUCUGCUUUUCCCAACGGUUAUCGUUCUUUCACACAUGAACAUAUAUUCAAUCAACGACGUACAACUGUAUCACAUCCAUCCCGUUUUUAGGUAGUAUUAGAGUAGUAGCACUAGUUACAGAUACCUAGGGCUUCCAUGAUAUCUCUCACAGUGUUUUAUUUAGUAGUUACGUAGUAAGUAGUAGUAGUCAUAGCAUCUUCUUUGUUCUCGCAAUCUGGACCGUGGUUACUCUGUUAUGUCUGUUUUGUUAGCAUGCAUUUUUAGGAUUUGAUCGUUGUUUGUUGUCUUGUCGAAGCUUGGGCCUGUAAAUUAGAUGACAGCAAGUAAUGUAUCUUAGUGUAUCCAAG